AUGAGCAUAUCAUCAAGAGCUUCGCAGGCCCAGUUGGCGUUGAGUGCUUAUCGUAACGGUUUAAGAGCCACCAAAAUCGCGUUCGGGAGGGAUGCUCGUAUGUUGAACGCUGCAAGAGCUCAAAUGAAAGCCGGGAUGCAUAAUCCCCCGGAACCUUCCAAAACGAGUGAACAGCAGAUUCAGGAUUUGAACGAUAUUGCUGCCUUUCUCAGAAGAAAUGUGGUACAGGGCAAACUUUCGAAAUCUGGACAAUAUCAUCUGAAUAUACAUAGCGAAACGGAACUUGGUGAUAAUGAAUCUAUUAAAGUUACUAAGAAGACUUUGGCUGCUCGUGGUGGUGGCUGCUGCGGAGGUGGGAAGCAACUGUACGACUAA